GCGAGACAAAUGAUCUCAAAGAAACAUCUACGAGCUGGACUGCAAUUCAACCGUCGAGAGCUCCUCGUCGACGCCACCCUCCUUCCAGCAAUCUGAAAUCCAUCAUAGCUGAGACCAGCUCUACUUGCCAACAUGCGGUCUCAGCUUCUCCGCGCAGCCGCGCGCUCCAGGGCUUGCGCCCUCACCCGAAGUUCGACGCGAACGUUCGCUUCCUCUGCCCGACGGCCCGCAGACAUGGUUGAAUUGACGAUUGAUGGGAACAAGGUGUCAAUAGAGGCCGGAUCAGCUUUGAUCCAAGCCUGUGAAAAGGCUGGCGUUACGAUUCCGAGAUUUUGUUAUCAUGAAAAACUUCUUAUUGCCGGUAACUGUCGUAUGUGCUUGGUCGAAGUCGAACGAGUUCCCAAACCGGUCGCUUCCUGCGCAUGGCCCGUCCAACCGGGCAUGGUCGUCAAGACCAACUCGCCAAUGACACACAAAGCUAGAGAAGGUAUCAUGGAGUUUUUGCUCGCCAACCAUCCUCUGGAUUGCCCCAUUUGCGACCAAGGUGGCCAGUGCGAUUUACAAGACCAGUCGAUGAGAUACGGCGCGGACAGGGGUCGCUUCCACGAGGUUGCAGGCAAGCGUGCGGUUGAAGACAAGAAUAUUGGCCCGUUGAUCAAAACUUCAAUGAACCGGUGUAUCCAUUGUACGAGAUGUAUUCGAUUCGCCAACGAGAUCGCCGGUGCACCCGAGCUAGGAUCAACAGGAAGAGGCAAUACUUUGGAAAUCGGCACAUAUCUCGAGCGAAACCUGGAUACGGAACUGUCUGGCAAUGUGGCUGACUUGUGCCCCGUCGGUGCUUUGCUCACCAAGCCAGGUGCCUUCACCUACAGACCCUGGGAGCUCACCAAAUUCGAGUCGAUUGAUGUUCUGAACGCAUUGGGCUCAAAUAUCCGGGUGGAUGCUAGAGGACUAGAAGUCAAGCGGAUCCUGCCUAGAUUGAACGACGAUGUCAACGAAGAAUGGAUCGAUGAUAAGACACGAUUUGCGCUGGACGGCUUGAAAACACAAAGAUUGACUACACCAUUAAUCCGAAGAGACGACAAAUUUGUGCCGGCCACCUGGGAACAAGCGCUCACUGAGAUUGGAAAUGCCUACCUCAGGUUGAAACCUGCCGAGAACGAGUUCAAGGCCAUUGCUGGACACUUGAUUGAGACAGAGUCACUAGUCGCCAUGAAGGAUCUGGCCAACCGGUUGAACUCGGAGAACCUCGCCCUCGACCAACCUGGCGGCAGCGCCCCGAUCGCGCACGGCGUUGAUGUUCGAUCGAACUACCUCUUCAACUCCAAGAUCUUCGGCGUCGAAGAUGCAGAUGCCAUGUUGAUUAUUGGCAGCAACCCCCGAUGGGAAGCCGCCGUCUUGAAUGCCCGUAUCCGCAAGCAAUGGCUCCGAGCACCCCUCGAAAUUGGUUAUAUUGGCGAAGACUUCGAAAGUACCUUCCAGUAUGAAAACCUGGGUAAGGACGCCAACGCCGUGAAGAAGGCCCUCGCUGGCGACUUUGGCAAGAAGCUGGCAUCAGCAAAGAGACCUAUGAUCAUUGUGGGCAGUGCUAUUGCCGAACACCCUGACGCGGCCGCCAUCUUUGAAAUGGUCGGCAGCUUUGUGGACAAGCACCAGGCCAACUUCAACACCGACGAGUGGCAGGGUUACAAUGUUCUCCAGCGUGCCGCUUCCCGCGGCGGUGCUUACGAAGUCGGCUUCACCACGCCGUCGCAGAAGGUGGCCGAGACCAAACCCAAGAUGGUGUGGCUGCUGGGUGCCGACGAGAUCUCCGAAGCAGACAUUCCCAAGGAUGCGUUUGUGAUCUACCAAGGUCAUCACGGUGAGACCGGUGCACAGCUUGCUGACGUCGUCCUGCCUGGUGCCGCGUACACCGAGAAGUCCGGCACGUACGUCAACACCGAAGGUCGUGUUCAGCUUACGCGGGCCGCGGUCUCAUUGCCCGGCGCAGCAAGGACGGACUGGAAGAUAAUCCGCGCCGCAUCCGAGUUCUUGGGUGUUCCACUACCCUAUGACGACCUGGAAGUUCUCCGCGACCGUUUAGAGGAGAUCAGCCCGGCUCUUCGACGCUACGAUUCACUGGAGCCAACCACUCUGGCCAGCUUGAGCAAAGUCCAACUCGUGGAUGCUAACAAGGGAGCCAAAACCUCGGGCAAGCCGUUUGAAUUGCCCAUUAAGGACUUUUACAUGACCGAUGUCAUUUCGAGAAGUUCUCCCACAAUGGCCCGCUGCUCGGCCGUCAAGAAGACCGGCAACCCAGAGACCAACUUCAUGGCCCCCGGCGAGCCGGACCCUCAAAUAUCGUACGGAUGACAAAUGAAGAAUACGGCAAACCCAGAAAAAGGAAAGAAUUGGGAAAGAAACCAUUUUGCAUUUUUCAACUACUACCAUCGGUUGAAAGCGGGAGUUUUGUUUUGGGUUGGCCGUCUUUUACACCACUUUAAAGUUAGGGUUUUGGGACCGUGCCGGUUCGUUGUCAAUGGCCUUUGGCUUCGGCUCACCAUGGUCAAACUCAACAUCAUCAUGAUCCUGGUCCGGUCCACGGGAUAUCGCAGAGGAUGGACGAUCCUUCUUUCUCUUCAAACGCUCUAUUUUGCUGUGCUGCGGGGCCUUCAAGAGAAGAAAAGGAAGGAGAUGGAGAAGGCCAGUGCUUUCGGGUUCCCCGAACAACCCCCAAGAGCAGCCUCACGGACUACUGUUAGCUUACCUUACAGUAGCUACGCCUAUGGACCAUCUAUGUACAGCAAAGCUAGCCUGCUGGCCGCGGCUGGGAUGAUGAAUGUAGAAAAAUGAACCACUGCAAAUUAUUUGCAAACUUGAACCUUCAGUGACCAAGUAUUCCCAGUAGUGGUACAUCAAUGUAAGGCGCUCAAGAAAGGCAUUCGUGCAAAGUACUAUUAUUAGUACGGUAUUAUAUGCUAACACUGCUGUACUGCAGCGCCUUUCAAGUUUUCAUUACUUGAUACUAUUCCUUUUCCAUCCUUUCCCGGUACCUUCAUCAACCAACAUGAGGCCCAUGGAACUCCUGCUGCUCCUGCUGCUGCUGUCGUCGCAACUCGGCAACCUCGUCUCCAUCACCCUCUUCAUCAUCAUCGUCGUCGUCAUCAUAAUCUUCGUCUUCAUCACUACUGCCAGCCUGGUAACUGCGGCCAUCAGGGCCAUCAGGACCAUCAGGACCUUCGACUUCGGGUCUGCGCCGUUUCUCAAAGUCCUGGGCAUGUGCGCUGGCGAUGACCGUGCCGACGCGCUGCAGAGCCCGCAUACCAGGCGUGCGUGGUGUCGGCGGACCCCCGGAAGGCCACUUGCGGUGACGCAGUGACGGAGACGAAGCGGCCGUGGUGGCAGUAGGGUAUCGUUCCACGUCAACGCCAGUCGCGUGCUGCGGCUGGUGUUCAUAAUCUUCAUGUUGUGCGAUGGGUUCUUCGCCUGGCGCUGUCGUGGAGGGCUGUUGUUGCUCUUGCUGUUGCUGUUGAAGUCGCUGUUGAGCAGGUGAAGCGGUCUUGCUUGCCAUUUCGGGCGAUUCGGGGAUUUCAUAAGGUAGCGGGAUGUCUCUGGAGGCACGGAACUUGCCUACGUUGUUGCAGUGUUCGUUCUCGACUCGGAACAGAGACCACAUGCCUCGACGGAGGACUUCGGCCAAACUAACAAAAAAGGACAACAGCGCCGAGUGUUGCAAGUCCCUGGUGAAUAUCGCGUACAAAAUCCACUGCUGUCUAAGCACCACAUCCGCCACUAUGGCAAAAUAGUAGAAUGAAGCUUUCUUGUACGCGAGCUGGUCGCGCAGGAACGGAUGCUUGGCCCAAGGGUUCCC